GUGUGGCUCCCCGAAGAUUUCUGCGUCAUCCUGGCUGACCCGCGGUACAGCAAGCAGGGCAUGGUGACCACGAACACGAGCAAUGGCGGCGGCGCGGAGAUGUCUGUCGCAGAGAAGGUGUACACGUGGACGCUAGUCUUUAUGUGCGUGAUGCUCAUGCUGUACCUCGUCGGCAAGCUGGCUAUGGUGUUUCUGAACAAGAGCAAGGUCAUGGCGUGGAGCACGUGCUUUUACUGCCUCUGCCUGCUGUGGGUCACCGUUCGUGUGAGCUUUUGGAUCUCGAUCGAGCUGCGCGACCGCAUGACGUACCUGGAGCUCUACCUCCUCUACUGGUUUCCCACCACGAUCCAGUUUGCCAACUUCGCCCUUCUUGUGCUGUUUUACAUCCAGGUCAUCACUGGACAAGCAUGGAGAACGACGUGGCGCCGCAUCUGCCUCCCGCUCUACUUAGUGUUGACGCUCAGCAUGGCGACGUUCACAGCCAUCUGGGCGUGCAACUCAAACUCGUCGCUCGAGGCCGCGUAUCGCUACGGCGAUGAAUAUGACCAAGACAUGUUUAAGAUCUCGGCAGUGCGGGUGCAAUUGGAGUACUCUGCGAUAUCGUUUUUCGUGCUGUCUUUCUUGUUUGCGUUCUUCGGGUGGAAGCUCGCCCACGUCGACAGCUCAAAGCGCCACCGGCUGCUCAUAUCCAAGCCUCGGGUACGAUGGCAUGACGUCGACGCAGUGGUACUACUGACUGACAACGAACCGCAGAGCCUGGCCGUGUUCAAUUCGAUGCUGUUUCUCAUCUUCUUCACGCGGUCCGUGCGCGACUUCCUCACGUCGCAGAAUUGGCUCCGGUUCAGCGUGGUCAACCCCGUCGACCAGUUUGGCGAGAUUCCGACGUUUUCGUACUUUGCCAUGUUUGUCAUGUGGGAUUUCGUCCCGACAAUCCUCCUGCUCGCGCUCAUCUCGACCAAGGCCGGGGCCGUUGGAGGUAUGCCGCGAUCAAACCCACGACGUCCGUCGCGCCAUCGAGAUGGACCAAGUGUGGCCGUUCGUUUCAUGUGUCAGGGUUUUGCAUGGAAUGUGCAACUUGGAUAGCGCCGUCAUGGAAUUUCCCCUUUCGAUCGGAUUGUGCGAUGGAUGACACCAGCAUUCGGUGCUGCACGUGAUGUUGACCUUGUCAAAUGCUCCGUUGCAUGGCUCGCUGCACCUCUUGCAUUUGAGAAUCGUGUGGCGCGCAACGUUCGCCCUUGAUCUCUUUCGCGUCCGUUUCUGCAACCAUCCGAAUUGUCGUCAAACACACAACGUGUGCGACCACGUCAUCUUGCCGCGUUUGAAAUUGUGACGGUUCCCGUGCUGGAGCGUCGCGGCUUUUCAUGCAUUGACAUGCUUUUGGGUAGUUCCCCGCCACGCGUCCUUUCGAGGGGACACGAAGCUGCCGGACUUUGGCAUCUUCCAUGUCAUCAACACGGGGUACGUCCGCGAUACGAGCGAAACCACGCGACUAGUUGGAAGCCCCGCGGUCGAGUACGGCGGCGCGGCCCGCACCACCCCCAUCAACGUAUCAGAUCAACCGCGGUGGACGCGAGGCGGCGAUCUGUUUACGGACUUGCUCCGGUAUGACUCGGAUAACGACUGCAACGACGCCACUCCCACCUACGUCAACAGCCUGAACAGCGAAAGCAGCCUCAGCGCCACGAGCUCGUACGAUCGCGCAUCGAGCUACACGCCGAGUACAGCCAUGACCACCGCCAUGCCGUGACACGAAAGGCCAACCCCAGCCGUAACGUGAUGGUAUUGACGUAUUUAAUUAUUUGUGGGGAGACGCUUGGCGUUGG